AUGUCUUGGGGGGGGAGGGAAUGUGCCACUUUCCUUCCUCUCCAUAAGGUUGCAGAGGGAGGGAUCCCUCAAAUCCUAGCUGCCCAAACAGGAGGGCACAAAAUGUUUGGAAAAGGCUGAAGAGGGAAGCAAGUCUUGGCCAGGGAGGAAGGUCAGCAGCGGAGAAGAAACGUCCCAGACCCUCCUUGUUGCCCCUUCCUCAGACGUCUUGGAAAGACAGAGCAGCCCAUCUAUUUGGCGCAUCUGCCUGGAGGGAAGGCCAGAAGCUGGCUAGGAAGGUCUUCGGCCCACCCCUUAAAUAUCCAAAGCUGGGGAGUGGGUCUGAACGGGAAGCGAUAAAGCUGGCCACAGAACCAGGAGAAGAUUUGUUAACAACACCCCAGGUAGGACUAAGCUCUGGGGAGAAGAGGAACGGUGGAUGCCAUAAACACUGUCAAAGCACAGAGAGUGACACAGCUGGAGCCAAACAAGCACAAGAUGUUGCAGAAUUAAACCAAAUCCACAGAGCCUGGGAGAGCCCACGUAGAACCAGCAGCAGAGACCAAAAAUAUCCAGAUCUAGAAAAAAGAGCAGGAAAUCUGCAAAGGCCACCUGGAACUAAAGGACAUGGAGGUCCCACGUGCUGCUCCGAUGGGAUCAAGGCCAACGGUUCUACCAAGGUCAAGAAUGCAACUACUAGCGCCCGGUUGGUGGGCACCGGAGGACCUUCAGCCCACUGCAAGGGGAAGGCGACAAGGAGGUCUUCUCAGAAGAGUGAGGCACCUUGGGAGGAGAGUUGGCCCAGGAGCUGUGACAAGCCAGAAGCACACAGGCGGCUCGAAGAGGUCCGUGAGUUUAUGAGUAAAAAGGUGGCGGAACGAAAUAAGAGGACCCAGGAAGAAAAAAGGUCUUUAAAUCAGGCCCUUGACGAGAGGAAGAAAAGGUUGCAAGAAGUGUACAGGAAGCAGAAGGAAGCCGUCAGCAGGAAAAAGGGUUGUGCGGAGGUGGCCAGGCAGUGCAACAGGGGAGCAACUUCCAGGAUGUGCACCAAGCAUCACUGCUGCCCAUUUCAGGAAUAUGCAGACGAUAAAUAUCCAGAAUCAGAAGUGACGGAACGGAUCCGCCGAGCAUCAUGUGCUCUGCAGAGGAAUGAGGUGGGAUUGCACAGUGGCUUGUUUCCAGAAGGGGCCAGAAGCUUUGAUCUGCUCCUCCCUGGGGGAACCGAAGGUGCCAGGUUCAGCCCUCUGAGGCUGCGGGACCUGGACACCCCUCCCUCCCCCACAGCUCAACCCCCACGAAGCCCCUUUCUUCCAUCAAAGAGGCCCGUCCUUGGCCCCAAGACACCUGCGUCUGUGGGCACUCCCAGCCUUUCUCCAUGCAGAAGCAAGCAAGACAGAGUGAAGGCCCUUCACAUCCUGGCAAGGGACCUCAGCGAGCGGCUGCAGAGGGAAGCGGAGUGCCUGUGGGCUACAAAGAGGCUCAAUGACCUGAGAGGCCGAGGGUGGCUGCCUGGAAGCCCAGCCCUUCUGGGGGGGCCUUGCAUGGCUGGAAAGCCUCAAGCUCCUACUCAGGAGGAAUCUGUUCCUACAGCAAAUGGGGAUGCCAUUUUGGAUUCAGGCUGUCUCCCGAGUCCCUCAACACAUGCUCAGGAGAGGUCUCGCCUUGGAGAAAGAGUGGCAGCAGAAGCAGCAGCAGCCCAGGCCACCAAGGAGAGGAUCCAGCCCUUUUUGUCCAUUGCCAGAGUGGGCAGCGAGGUGUUGCGAGGGGGUCCUUCCCCUGAGGAAAAGCAGGGCAUGGCCAACGCAAAAAGCAAGGAUGAACUGAAAGGUUGUCCUGAAAGUCGGGGGUUUCAGAGGGAAGGCGUCCCCUCCCCUGAAGAGCCGACAGCCACACCUUCCACACCGCGGCCCCAGUUCCUCGCUAGAAGGCCAUCUGCCAGCCCCUCGUCUGAACCUCACACUGCCCCUCACCAGAAUGCUGAGAUGGGAGUCAGCAGUGGGAAGCAUCGUGGUGAGCUGCAGAGAGAGCAACUGCAGGGAGCUGGUACAUGGCUCCAGCCUGGGACAUGCAGGGGCAGCUUCUUAGCCCAGGAACACCAGGUCUCUGGUCUAAGUUCCCCCCCGGCCAGUCUGCCCCGGAGCAAAAGCACCACGGCAAAAGAGUCAUCAGGGGACAGCAGCGAGCCGACGGAUUCCACCAGCCAGUGGAGUGAGAUCAGCCAGUUCUACGGGGGCUCCAGCACCUUCUGCCGCUUCGGCUUGAGGAUGGCGGAGCAACUCCUGAGGGAAGAGGAGCUGCGCUCGAGACACCAGCGGGCCCUCCUCAGGCUGCGCGAAAAGGCCCUUCAGGAGAAAGCCACGGCCGAGCUGGCCUGGCUGGAGCAGGAGAGGCGCUGCCAGGAUUCAGCAGAAUCAGCCAUAGAUGACAAUGCGUUAACCCUUCUAACGAAACUGAAGCAAGAGCAGGCAGAAAUCCGGCACCUGCAGAACGUCUGCAAGGCCGCCCACCGUGAGAGGAAGCUGCUGUUGAAGCAGCAGCAAGAGCUCCUGCAGGUGCAGCAGGCAACAGCCCAGCGCUGGCAGCAGCUGGGCAGGCUGGCAGAGAAGGAUCCGCAGCAGGAUGCUGGGAGAACAGGCCACUUUGGAGGAGCCAUUGUGCUGGAGGAGGGAGGCGGCGGCAAGAAGGUGUCCCGUCUAGCACCUUCCAACGCAACACAUUCAGGAAGAUCCAGAGGCGGACGCAGCCACGGCCAGCUCCAGGACGGGGCCCAAAGCAACCUUGGCCCUGAGAGCAGAAAAGCAUUUCCACAAAGGGAUCAAGCAGCAGAGAUGUUCCCUGGGUGGGAGCGAUGGCCGGGAGUUCAAGAGGCUGAGCUGCUGGAAAUGACUGCUGAGGGUCUGCAUUCCUCCAGGGGGCGAGCUGGAGGCCCAGCCGCAAAGCUUGGAAGCCGCGGGGUCAAAGAUCAUUUGGAGAGCAAGGAACAGGAGGAACAGGAUGAGGACGUGGGUGUGACAAAGUAUUCCAGAGAAGACAAUCCUUGCAGUUCCUCAGAUAAGGGACCAGAGUGUUUGGUUUCUGCAACAGCCUCUGCCAAAUUGUAUGGCUUCUCUCCGAUGCUGGAGAGACCUCCGUUCAAUUCUGAAUUUCAUAAGGUCCAUGCAAUUCUAAUAAAUAUCUCUGGAAGCUCUGUUUCAGGGUCUGAUUUAGAAGCAGGGGACUCCCAAGACACAGACAUAAGCCUGCCUGAGGAAUUCGCCUUCCAGGAACAGCUGCCUGAUAGCUAUGGCAAUGGUCCUGGGAUCCCUGCAGUGUCACAGCAAGCAACCGGGGAGGGAAACUCAUCAUCAUCUGGGAGGAGAUGCCACCUUCAAGCAUCUCGUGGUGCUCACUCAAAUCAAGAGGGCACUGCAGUUUUGUGCAGCCAGGAAAAGACUUCAGAAGGCAUGCCAGAGAGUGAAGAAUCGGAUUCCUUGAUACUAUCCAACAAUGGAGGGUCAAGACCAAACUCGCCUUCCUUCCAAGCCCAGAUGCCUGCUACUGUAAGGGAUGCAAAUGCUUCCACAGCUGCAGUCCAGCUACCUGUUGCAGAGAGCGACAAGAUGGCUUUCCAAGGAAUGGCAGAGUCAGAGGCUGCUUCCUCAUCUAGCAGCUGCCGCCGCCACCACUGCCACCACCGCCACCACGACUUCCACUGUCUCGAGGACCAAAAGCAGGAGGAACUCAAAGCUACCGUUAGCAAAGCUGAAGGAGACGGCGAUGAUGAAAAUACACCUAAAUUUAAAAGUAAACAUGAGACUGUGACAGCAGCACCUGAAGCAUCUUCAAAGAAUAUGGAACCCAUCAACGACCUGUUCCAAGAUUCUGUAUUUCUAGCAAGGGACCAGGGGCCAUCGCUCCCCACAGAGUCAUUCAGCUCCUCCAAACGCUUGUCAGUUUCAGAUGGUACAAUCAGUUGCACCAAAAAUUCAGCUGAUGAAUGCAUGUCCUGCAGCAGCAGACCAGGUGAAGCUGUAACUACCCAAAUCACUAAAGUGUCUGUGGGCUGUAAAGAGGCUGAUGCCAGUUUCCUUUCUCCUAAAACCACAGAAAAGACAGCUGAAGAUCAAAAUCGCCCUGCCACAUGUAGUCAAAACACAAAGGAGCCUGAGCUGCUGGCCCUUCAUUCAUGUCUGUCCGCAGGUGGGAAGGAAUGCCAAAUCAAAGGCUGCACCCCCCUUCUGAACAGUGACAAAGGCACUGUACACCUCACCAAUGAGCCUUUGCCUGCAAUGGAGGACGAUAUAGUGUCUCCUGUAGAUGAAGUGCUGACUUAUGGAAGCACUGAUUUGCCAUCCCCUAGCCUACGGGAUGCCUCCUUCCAAAGUGAGGAUCUUCUCACCCCUCCUGAAGACCUGAGCGGAAAAAAUGACAAUUCUGACUUCAGCCUGAAAGACUUUCCAUCUCCACCAGAGCAACUUAUGUUCCCUGAGACGGAAGACCUUCCAUAUUCCAUGGAUUCCAUGGAUGAAGAUGCAUCUGUAAAAACCAAUGACUUGCCGUCAUUAUCUGAAGUUGACAGGCCGGGGAAGGUUCCAUCACCAUCUCUGGUGUUAUAGAUGUUUCUUCAGCUAACAACUCCAGUUGCCUUCUGUGCAAUGAGGACAAUGUAGACUGGGGUAGCCCACCAGAUAUUGCUGGACCGCAACACCCUGGCUAAUAAUCAGGGGUGAUGGGAGUUACAGUCCAACAACAUCAUUAAAACAAGAAACUGUAAAACCAACUGCAGGCAUAGGCCGUGUACAUGCCAUGCAUUUAAAGCACAUGGCUUCCCCCAAAUAAUCCUGGGUACUGUACUUCACCCCUCUCAGGGCUACAAUUCCCAGCACCCUUAACAAACUACAGAUCCCAGGAUUCUUUGGGGGAAGUCAUGUGCUUUAAAUGUAUUAUGGUGUGUGCAGCCAUAAUGCCAGAGGGCCACACUGAAUUAACCUGUGGGGGCAGGGGAAGGACUUAAUUAACCAAUUAAAAUAAUGCUUGGAUGUUUAAAUGACAAGAGUAGGAUUUUUUUUAAAAAAAUCACACAAUUCUUAAUUUUUAGAAAAAAAUCUGAAGCACAAUACCUGAAUGGAUAGAUAUACCUAGAUCAUUGUUGUGUUGGCUGAUUGAUGCUUUUAAGCAUGCUUUUUAUCUGUUGGGGGGCUUCAGGAUGAGGUUUAUUUGGGUGGGAGAAAAAUGUCAAAAGGGACCUUAGGACAGGAGUGAAGAGGGAACUACAGGAUGGGUGCUGUCAAAGGGUGUGUUGGGUGUCCAAGUCAGAGAGAUGCCCCAGGAGGUGGUAGAGGCACUGAAGGAGAGGGAAAGUGCCCAGAUGCAGGGUGUUGAAAAAAGGAGUUGCAGAGCGGACUGUGAAGUUGAUUUUUUUUCAUGAUUGGAAGUUUAUCUUUUGUAAAAUGUGUGAAUGAAAAAAUAGUUUGCCAUGAUUUCAUUUAAAAAACAUAUGAGGUGUAUUCAACUAAGCCCUACUCAGUAGACCCGUUGAAAUUAAUUUCUAUGAGAUUCCAGUGCUAGUCCUACUCAGUGUAAACAACGACAUGUAUUUGUCUGUGCUUGUAAUAUUUAUAUGUAUAGUGAAAGCUGUUUAAUGAUUUCAACAAACAGCAGAUUUGCCUUAUGGGUGAAGGAGGCAGCAAGGGGGGGGGACU